CCCGGCAUGCUUUUCUGCAGGGCUGAGAAGAAGAAGCGUCAUGAUGGAAUCUGCUGGUGGCUAACGUGACAUACCUUCUUAAUUUCAGUUGAAUAAAGUUUGAGACGUUCAUGUUUCUUCAGAGAAAAGGUUUACGGAAGAAUCUAGCCAGUUAAUGACAGCUAGAUAGCUAACUCUGCAGCGGAGAUCGUCGGUAUAGCGGGUCACCAUGGCGACGGACAUCGGCUCCCCGCAGCGGUUCUUCCACAUGCCGCGCUUCCAGCACCAGGCGCCGCGGCAGGUCUUCUACAAGAGGCCGGACUUCGCCCAGCAGCAGGCGAUGCAGCAGCUCACCUUCGACGGGAAACGCAUGAGGAAGGCCGUGAACCGCAAAACCAUCGACUACAACCCGUCUGUCAUCAGAUACCUGGAGAACCGUUUGUGGCAGCGAGACCAUCGAGACUUCAGAGCCGUCCAGCCUGACGCCGGGUGUUACAACGAUCUCGUCCCUCCUCUGGGCAUGUUGAACAACCCCAUGAACGCCGUCACCACAAAGUUUGUCCGGACCUCCACCAACAAAGUCAAGUGUCCCGUGUUCGUGAUCCGGUGGACUCCUGAGGGCCGGCGUCUGGUCACCGGAGCCUCCAGUGGAGAGUUCACUCUGUGGAACGGACUCACCUUCAACUUCGAGACCAUUUUACAGGCCCACGACAGUCCGGUUCGGGCCAUGACCUGGUCUCACAACGACAUGUGGAUGCUGACGGCGGACCACGGCGGCUAUGUGAAGUACUGGCAGUCCAACAUGAACAACGUCAAGAUGUUCCAGGCUCACAAGGAGGCCAUUAGAGAAGCCAGUUUUUCUCCAACAGAUAAUAAAUUUGCCACCUGCUCAGACGACGGGACGGUUCGGAUCUGGGACUUCAUGCGCUGCCACGAGGAGCGGAUCCUCCGAGGUCACGGUGCUGAUGUGAAGUGUGUCGACUGGCACCCCACCAAAGGCCUGGUGGUCUCCGGCAGUAAAGACAGCCAACAGCCAAUCAAAUUCUGGGACCCAAAGACCGGACAGAGUCUGGCGACACUCCACGCCCACAAGAACACGGUGAUGGAGGUGAAGUGGAACCUGAAUGGUAAUUGGCUGCUGACGGCGUCACGUGACCACCUGUGUAAACUGUUUGAUAUCAGAAACCUGAAGGAGGAGCUGCAGGUGUUCAGAGGACACAAGAAGGAGGCGACAGCGGUGGCCUGGCAUCCCGUCCACGAGGGCCUGUUUGCCAGCGGCGGCUCUGACGGCUCUCUGCUCUUCUGGCACACUGGGGUGGAGAAGGAGGUCGGAGGGAUGGAGAUGGCCCACGAGGGGAUGAUCUGGAGUCUGGCCUGGCACCCGCUGGGUCACAUCCUCUGCUGGGUCACAUCCUCUGCAUACCGUAAAUUCUGGACCAGGAAUCGGCCGGGUGAUAAGAUGAGAGACCGUUACAACCUGAACCUGCUGCCUGGGAUGUCAGAGGACGGCAUGGAGUACGAUGACAUGGACCUGAACAGCGUGGCCUCCAUCCCCGGGAUGGGGAUCCCCGAGCAACUGAAGGCAGCCAUGGAGCAGGAGCAGAGCAGUAAAGAGGCGGCUCCUGAGGUGGAGAUGUCCAUCCCCGGUCUAGACUGGGGCAUGGACGAGGUCAUGGGUAAAGACACCAAGAAGGUCCCGCAGAAGAAAGUACCGUACGCCAAACCGAUCCCAGCGCAGUUCCAACAGGCCUGGGCAGAGAAUAAAGUUCCCAUGAUGCCACCCGGUGGAGACAAGGACCGGAAGGUGGAGCAGAAAGCGGACGCGAAGAAGAAAACUCAGGCCGAGAUCGAGCAGGAGAUGGCAGCUUUGCAGUACACCAACCCCAUGCUGCUGGAGCAAAUGAAGAUGGACCGGAUGAACCAGAUGAACGCAGACGGGAACAUGGGCCCCCCACAGGGACAGGGCCCUAUGCCCUCCUUCCCUGGGGCUGGAGGUCCUGGGGGCCAGAUGCCUCCUGGCCAGCAGGGCUUUCCCCCAAACAUGCCUCCUCAGCAGAUGUCCAACAACAUGGGGCCCCCCAUGGGCCCCGGAGGCAUGCAGCCUCCUUUCAUGCCCCCUGGACAGAUGGGGCCACCCUCUGGACCCCAGCCUCACCAGGGGCCCCCUCAGGGCAUGAUGGGACCACCAGACAUGCAAGGAACUCAAGGUAUGCAGAGACACCCCGGCCCUCCCAGAAACAUGGGCUCCCAAGGGCCUCACGGUAUGGGACCCAGAGGGAUGCAAGGGCCCCCUGGUGGGAUGAUGGGCCCCCCUCCUCGAGGAAUGGGUCCAAGGGAUUCUCAGGGGCCUCCACCUCAGGGGGGCAUGAUGCCACCUCAGGGGAACAUGAUGGGCCCUCAGGGUCCUAUGCAGGGUGGGAUGAUGGGGCCCCCACCCAGGACACACGGCAACAUGCCAAACAACUAUGGGAUGGGCAACAUGCAGGGGCCCCCGGGAGGGAUACAUGGGCCUCCAGGAAAUAUGCAGGGGCCCCCAGGUAACAUGCAAGGACCCCAUGGAAACAUGCAGGGGCCCCCAGGAAACAUGCAAGGACCCCAUGGAAACAUGCAGGGGCCCCCAGGAAACAUACAAGGACCCCAUGGAAAUCUGCAGGGCCCUCCAGGAAACAUACAAGGACCCCAUGGAAAUCUGCAGGGGCCCCCAUAUAUGCAGCACCAGGGUCAGAACUCGGGGCCUAUGAUGCAUGGCAUGGGGCAGCAGGGGCCCAACAACAAAGGAGACCCUCGGGGGCCGCCGCCCAACCACCACAUGGGCCCUCCUGACCGGCAGGGGCCCGGAGGACCAGACCAGGGCUCAGGUUCUUACUGGGGGGACAACCAGCAGGGUCGACGUGGACCGCAGGACUUUGAUGGAGGCCAGGAAUUCCACGGCAGAGGGGAGGAGGGCUGGAGACCAGGUCCUGGACCAGGAUACCAGGGAGGAGGAGGGGGAGGCCACAGAGGGGGAGGACACCGAGGAGGAGGGGGGAACGGAGGGAGCUGGGGCCCCGACGAGAGAUUCACCGGAGGAGAGUACAGAGGACGGAGAGACGACAGGUACCGAGCAGGCGGCCCCGGCCGGCCCGGAAGUCGAAGUUACCCUGACGAGUACGGCGGCCAGGAGGAGGGCUUCGACGGCCCGGAGGAGUUGGGUCGAGGCUGGGACAACGCAGGCAGGGGGAGGCCGCCUCGAGUAGGAGGUCCCCCCAGAGCAGGAGGUCACGAUGGUUACCGGGACGGUCAGCAGAUGCAUGAUGGGUCGUCUCCGGCCGGUCGCGAGCGCUCCUCCUCCCUGCAGGGGAUGGACAUGGCGUCUCUGCCCCCCCGGAAGCGUCCGUGGCAGGACGGACCGGGAACCGGAGACCCGCGAGAGCGAGAGUCACCGGGAGCUGACGGAGGUCGCCCCCCUCAGAGGGAGGACGGGGGUUACGGUCCGUCUGGUCGAGGUGGACGAGGCGGCUGGGGUCCUGGAGGAGGACCUGGACCGGCCCCCAGGAGAGGAGGACCGGCACCCAGAGGACCACCGAGGGGGGGCGGCCGGGGCCGGUAGUCCUGAAGGAAAAAAAAAAAAAAAACACGAUCAUCCUCUCCUCUGGUCGUCUCGUCCCUGCCGGUCCCUCUACAGGCCCGAGACCAAGUCCAGAUCCUGAAAACCCUUCAGACAAACUUACGGUCAUGUGACACAUUCAGACCUCUGCUGCUGUGAAGGACGGCGGCUUCUGAUUGGUCCACACUGACUCAGCCGUUUCCUGAAACACCUGAGCUGCCAGGUGGACGGACGGAGCGCCUCACUGAAGCGCAGGAUGAUUUUAAUGUAAAAUAUUGUAGAGAAUCAUCAGCUGUCUUUGUAUCUGCGUCUCUUCCUUUGUCUCCGAGUGACACUUUGUCUCCGAGUGACACUUUGUCUCCGAGUGACACUUUGUCUCCAGGUCCUUGCUUUCGGUCCCUUUUUUUGUAAGAGAUUUCUAUGUUUUCGUGUUUUCACCGACUCCACUGAGGUGGACAAUAAAGAUUCACACUUCA